GAAACCACCAACAGCAACUCAACACACGACGACAAGAAGAAUUAGGGCUUUCUCCUUCUGCUUGCUCCAAGGAUUGAAGCUCAUCCAAAGGAGCUGAUGGUCCCAAGCUGAUGAUCUGGAAGGGGAUUUUCAACUCUGCUGGACAGCUAAGAUUGAGUGGGGCAUGAUUUAAUCUGAACACAGGACUCUCAAGGAUGGGGUUGUUUGGCAGCAAAAAUCAGCUGAUGCCCAAUGAGAAACACACUUCUGGAGGCAACCCAAAAACCAAGGGCAAACCUCCUCCUGCCCCACCCAAGGGGAGACAAGCUAUCAACAACCCUCAUCUAAACCAAGCCUCUGCACAAGAUCACUUGUUCGUGGUUGCACUGUACGAUUUUCCUGCCUCAAGUGACCGUGACCUGGAGCUGGUCAAGGGGGAGAAACUCCGGGUCCUCUCCAAUGAGGGGGACUGGUGGCUGGCACAGUCCCUCAGCACUGGGAGGAAAGGAUACAUCCCCAGCAACUUCGUGGCACAAGUGGACAGUUUGGAAGAGGAAAAGUGGUAUUUUAGAACUCUGAGCAGAAAAGAUGCUGAACGGCUGCUGUUGUCUUCUGGGAACAAAGUUGGCUCUUUCCUCGUCCGGGAGAGUGAAACCACCAAAGAUGCCUACUCCCUGUCUGUGAGAGACAACGACUCUGCUCACGGGGACAUCAUCAAACACUACAGGAUCCGCUCCCUGGAUGGGGGGGGGUACUACAUCUCCCCCAGGAUGACUUUCUCCAGCCUUCCAGAGCUCAUCCAUCAUUACAGCCAGAAAGGGGAUGGGCUGUGCCAGCGCCUCACAGCUCCCUGCACAUCCCUGGUUCCCCAGAGACCCUGGGCCCAGGAUGAGUGGGAGAUCCCUCGGGAGGCCCUGAAGCUUGUGAAGAAGCUGGGCAGCGGGCAGUUUGGGGAAGUGUGGAUGGGCUACUACAAGAACAACAUCAAGGUGGCUGUGAAGACCAUGAAGGAGGGCAGCAUGGAUCCUGACGCCUUCCUGGCAGAGGCAAACCUGAUGAAGAAGCUGCAGCACAACAAGCUGGUCCGGCUGUAUGCCGUGGUCACCAAGCAGCCCAUCUACAUCGUGACAGAGUACAUGGCCAAUGGGUGUUUGCUGGAUUUCCUGAAGACAGAAGAAGGAAGCCAGCUGAGUCUCCCCAAACUCAUUGAUAUCUCUGCUCAGGUGGCAGAGGGCAUGGCCUACAUCGAGCGCAUGAACUUCAUCCACCGGGACCUGAGGGCUGCCAACAUCCUGGUCUCGGAGACGCUCUGCUGCAAAAUCGCUGAUUUCGGCCUGGCCAGGCUCAUCGAGAACGAGUACCUGGCUCAGGAAGGUGCCAAAUUUCCCAUCAAAUGGACAGCUCCAGAGGCCAUUAACUAUGGGGUUUUCACCAUCAAAUCUGACGUGUGGUCAUUUGGGAUCCUCCUGACAGAGAUCAUCACCUACGGCAGGAUCCCUUAUCCAGGGAUGACCAACCCCGAGGUGAUUCGCAACCUGGAGCGGGGGUACCGCAUGCCCUGCCCCGAGGCGUGUCCCGGCGAGCUCUACAGCAUCAUCCUCAAGUGCUGGCGCAGCAACCCCGAGGAGCGCCCCACCUUCGAGUACCUGCAGUCGGUGCUCGAGGACUUCUACACCUCCACGGAGAAGCAGUACGAGCCCGAGCCGCAGCAGUGAGCCACGGCCCCGCCAGCUCCCGGGGACAGCGCUGCGGGACCGCCACCAGCGCGCUUCCCUUUCUCCCGGCCGUGCGUGGGGAUGGGGAGUGAGGAGGGACACGAGGGAGGAGGAUGCUGCCGGCUCGGUGGAUGUCGCAGAGACUGAAGAGGUGGCUGAGAGAUGUCACAGCUGUCUCCGAGCGCCCCGGAGGGCUGUACCCACCUGGCAGGCAUCACCUCCGGGACGAAGGACAGAAGACUCCUUCGCGAUCCACCUGCAUAGAGAAAAACCUCUCAGCCCCGCAACUGCAGCUCCGGGGAGAGGGGGCCGUGGCCAGGGUGCUGCUGUUGGGGGUGAGGAACCUCUGC